AUGACAAAAUACAGCGGUCUCUUGAAAGCAAAGUUGCAGGAGCUUCUCACUGCAAGAGGGCUCCCCGUGGACGGCACGAAGGAGGUGCUCAUUGAGCGGUUGGAGGAGUCUGACAAGAUUGCGGCGGAGCUCGACCAGGACGACGACGACGGCGAGGACACGUCCGCAGCUGGUGCAGGCCCUACUGCGGCUGCUUCUGCGGAAGUGGUGGCGGAGCCGGCAGCGGAGGAGAAGAAAGCAGAGGACGCUGCGCCUCCGGAAGAGAAGGAGGAGGAGAAGAAGCCGGAGGUAACCCCGGAGACGCUCAAGGCCGCCGCCGUGGAGCACCUCACGAAGAAGAUCGCCCGUGCGCAGAAGUUCGGCGAGGAUCAGCAGGCGACCACGUUGCAGGCCGACUUGGCGAGAAUCGAGAAGUUCGGUCUUGCUCUCGACUCCGCCAUUGCCAGAGAGCUCGGCCUG